AUAUCCGUUGGUUAACAAGAGAAUAAAUAUUCGCCAAAGCUUGUAAUUAAAUAAACAGACAAUUAGAUGUUGUGAACCAACAAAAUUAGAAAAUAAGAGUAAAACCGUUACCGGCGACGAUGCCCACGUGUCUGCACCUCACCGUCUGGUUCCUCUUGUGUAUAUCCGGUUCGGUUCACCUGAUUCGAGCUCAAAACCAAACCGAAGCCCCUACUACUCAUCCGGACGAAGCGCGAGCUUUGAACUCCAUCUUCGCUGAUUGGAGGAUCCGUGCUCCGAGGGAAUGGAACAUCAGCGGCGAACUCUGCUCUGGCGCAGCCAUUGACGAGGAAAUCACCAUCGACGACAAGAACUACAAUCCUUUAAUCAAAUGCGACUGCAAUUUCGUCAACUCCACAAUAUGCCGUAUCACAGCCUUCAAGAUUUUUGCGAAAGAUGUUGUAGGACCUAUACCUUCACAGCUAUGGACUUUGACAUACCUCACCAAUCUGAACGUGGCUCAAAACUAUCUUACAGGCUCCCUUUCUCCUUCGAUUGGAAAUUUGAUUCGAAUGGAAUGGAUGACUAUUGGGAUCAAUGCCUUGUCUGGCCCCUUUCCCAAGGAAAUUGGUUUGCUUACAGAAUUAAAAUCCCUUGGUAUUGGUGUAAAUAACUUUUCCGGUUCUAUACCAGCUGAGAUCGGGAAUUGUACAAAACUACUGAAAAUAUAUUUAGGAAAUUCUGGACUUAGUGGGGAAAUACCUUCAUCAUUUGCUAAUCUUGUAGCGCUUGAAGACGCUUGGUUAAACGAUCUGGACGUUACUGGUCCGAUACCGGAAUUUAUAGGAACAUGGACCAAACUUACUAUCUUGAAAAUCCUCGGAACUCGUUUGAGUGGUCCGAUACCGUCGUCAUUUUCCAACUUAACUUCAUUGAGAGAACUGAGUCUAGGUGAUAUAUCCAAUGGAAGCUCUUCUCUUGAAUUCAUCAAAGAUAUGAAAUCUCUAAACAUAUUACUAUUUAGGAACAGCAAUAUCACUGGGACAAUACCCUCUAAUAUCGGGGAAUACUCAAGUCUCCAACAAGUUGAUUUAAGCUUCAACAAAUUACAUGGACCAAUUCCGGCUUCACUUUUUAACUUAAAUCAACUUACUCACUUGUUUCUGGGAAACAACACGUUCAAUGGUUCUUUGCCCACUCAAAAGAGCCAGACAUUGAGGAGUAUAGACGUAUCCUACAAUGAUUUGUCAGGUAGUCUUCCUUCAUGGGUCAGUUUACCAAACUUGAAACUCAACCUUGUUGUUAACAACUUCAGCUUGGAGGGUCUGGAGAAGAGGGUUUUACCAGGACUGAAAUGCCUGCAAAAGAACUUCCCAUGCAAUCGUGGCAAAGGAAUUUAUUCUGACUUUUCCAUCAACUGCGGAGGCCCACAAAUACGGUCUGUAAGCGGAGCAAUAUUUGAGAGGGAGAACGAGGAUCUUGGAUCAGCUUCAUUUGUUGUGAGUGAUAUUCAGAGAUGGGCAGCCAGUAGCGUAGGAAUUUAUGCCGGGAGAAGCAAUAAUAUAUGGGUUAUCAACACUGUGGACGCGGAGAUUUUUCAAACAGCAAGACAUUCUUCAUCAUCCCUAAGGUAUUACGGGCUGGGGCUUGAAAACGGAGGCUAUACCGUAACACUUCAGUUUGCUGAAAUAGAUAUUCUUGGUUCUAACACAUGGAAAGGUUUAGGAAGACGACCUUUUGACAUUUAUGUCCAGGGAAGACUUGUUGAAAAAGAUUUUGAUAUACGCCGAACAACUGGUGACACUACGGUCCAAGCGGUUAGGAGAGAAUAUAAAGCAAUCGUAUCAGAAAAUUACCUUGAAAUUCAUCUUUUCUGGGCUGGCAAGGGAUCAUUUAGUGUUCCUAUUAUUGGUACUUAUGGGCCACUAAUAUCGGCCGUCAGUGCAAAACCAGAUUUUACACCAACUGUAGCCAACAGGCCACCGCAAAGGAAAAAGUUUGGCACUGGUACUAUUGUGGGUGCUAUUCUUGGCUUAGGACUUUUGAGCAUCCUUUUUGUGGGAGUGGUUAUCUUCAUCAUCCGGAAAAGCAGAAAACGUUACACAGAUGAUGAAGAACUGCUUAGUAUGGACGUCAAACCUUACACUUUUACUUACUCUGAACUUAAAAGUGCCACUCAAGAUUUCGAUCCCUCAAAUAAGCUUGGAGAGGGUGGAUUUGGGUCUGUUUAUAAGGGAAACCUGAGUGAUGGAAGAGAGAUCGCGGUGAAAGUGUUGUCUGUUGGAUCCCGGCACGGGAAAGGACAAUUUGUUGCAGAAAUCGUAACAAUUUCUACAGUUCUGCAUCGCAACCUAGUAAAGCUUUACGGGUGCUGCUAUGAAGGAGAUCAUCGUUUGCUCGUAUAUGAGUACCUCCCAAAUGGAAGUCUCGAUCAUGCACUAUUCGGCCAUGGCGGUAAAAAGACUUUACACCUUGAUUGGUCGACCCGUUUUGAGAUAUGCCUGGGAGUAGCGAGAGGUCUAGCCUACCUCCACACGGAGGCGAGUGUUUGCAUUGUACACAGAGAUGUGAAGGCCAGCAACAUUUUGCUUGACUCUAAGCUGGUCCCAAAAGUUUCUGAUUUUGGGCUUGCAAGGCUAUACGAUGACAAGCAAACCCACAUAAGUACCAGAGUGGCAGGGACCAUUGGAUAUCUUGCGCCAGAGUAUGCCAUGCGUGGACAUCUAACAGAGAAAACGGAUGUGUAUGCCUUUGGUGUUGUAGCCCUUGAGUUAACAAGUGGAAGGAAAAUCUCUGAUGUGAGGCCGGAUGAUGAAAAUAAUUAUCUUCUUGAAUGGGCAUGGAAUUUACACGAGAAAAGUCUUGAAGUUGAAAUAAUCGAUCAUGAGCUGACUGAAUGCAACAUGGUAGAAGUGAAACGCAUGAUACGAGUUGCUCUGCUGUGCACUCAGACAUCUCAUGCCUCGAGACCACCGAUGUCAAAAGUGGUGGCGAUGCUUUCAGGGGACGUUGAGGUCACUGACGUAAUCUCUAAGCCGCAGUACCAACCCGACUGGAAAUUUGAUGACACCUCAAGCUCCUCAUUUAGCUCCUUCCAAACUAAAGACACAAGCACUUCAUCGUCCUCAUCCACAAAGUUUGUGACGCCCAAACAAGGCGACUUUAAGCCGAUGCUUGGAGUCAAGAUCAAUGAGGGGAGAUAAUAAUGUUUCUCCUCUAUCUAUCCAUAAUUGUCUACUUUAAAAUGUAUGGCAUUAAUGCUUAAACACUUAUAUUGAAUAUUUAUGUUUA